AUGGGAUCCCAAGCAAAGCCAUUCUCGACGGUCUUCGACACCAUCCCCAGUGGCAAACAGCUCAAACCAUUCAGCAGGGAGGAGGUCGCCAAGCACGACAAGGAGGGCGACCUGUGGUGCAUCAUCGACACCGCCGUCUACGAUCUCUCCAAGUUCGUCGACUUGCAUCCCGGCGGGGCCUCUGUCCUCGUCGACAAGAACGUUGCCGGCAAGGAUGCCACCAAAGCCUUCUUCGGCUUGCAUCGCUCCGAGGUCUUGAAGAAAUACGGCCGCUACGUGAUCGGACGAAUCGAGGGCGAAAAGUCUCAAGUCAUCCUUCCCAAGGAUGGCGAACUAUCGCUCGUCCCCCACGCCGAACCGUCCUGGCUGUCGAAAGGAUACUCGUCCCCCUACUACUCCGACGGCCACCGCGAAUUCCAGAAGGCCAUGCGUCUCAUCUUCGAUAAACAUAUCACCCCCGAGGCCAGGGAGCACGAGCUCAACGGCAAGCGCGUCAGCCAGGAAUUGGUCGACCUCAUGGCCAAGGAACACAUCAAUGCUAUGCGACUCGGGCCCGGCAAACAUCUCCAUGGGCUCACUCUGCCUGCCGGCGUCAAAGGCGAAGAUUUCGACUACUUUCACGAGCUCAUCAUCACGCAAGAACUAGGCCGCUGCGGAGCCCGAGGAUUCUCAGAUGGGCUGUUGGGCGGGAUGGUGAUCGGGUUACCGCCGGUGCUGAACUUCGGCUCGGCGGAGCUGAAGAAGAAAGUGAUCCCGGAGGUAUUGUCGGGCAAAAAGUACAUCGCUUUGGCGAUCAGCGAAGCUUUUGCGGGCUCAGAUGUAGCCGGCUUGCGAUGCACGGCAACCAAGACGGCGGAUGGCCAGCAUUACAUCGUCAACGGGACCAAGAAAUGGAUCACCAAUGGUACCUUUGCUGAUUACUUCUCCACCGGCGUCCGCACCGACAAAGGGCUCAGCGUCCUGUUGAUCGAACGAGGCGAGGGCGUCGAGACUAAGCCGAUCAAAACUAGCUACUCGCCCGCCGCGGGGACUGCCUACAUCACCUUCGAUAACGUCAAGGUGCCUGUGGCUAAUCUGCUCGGGAAAGAGAACAAGGGUCUCCAAGUCAUCCUGUCCAACUUCAACCACGAGCGAUGGAUCAUGUGUUGUGGUGUCAUCCGCGCCUCCCGAUUCAUCACCGAAGAGUGCUUCAAAUGGACUCAUCAGCGUGUCGUCUUCGGAAAACCGUUGAUUUCUCAACCGGUUAUCAGGAACAAACUCGCGCAGAUGUUUGCCAAGUGCGAGGCCACUCAGUCGUGGCUGGAGAACGUGACGUUCCAGAUGAACCGAAUGUCGUAUGCCCAACAGGCCGAUUUACUAGCGGGCCAGAUCGGCCUCUUGAAAGCCUUCUCGACUCGAGUCGCGCACGAGGUAGCCGACGAAGCGGUCCAGAUCUUCGGCGGGCGUGGGAUCAGCGCGACCGGCAUGGGCCGGUUCGUCGAGAUGUUCCAGCGCAGCUACAAGUUCGACGCCGUCCUUGGUGGCUCCGAAGAGGUCUUAUUCGAUCUGGGUGUCCGUCAGGCCAUGCGCAAAAUGCCCUCAGCGGUACUCUAA